CAAACACAACCAUACCCUAGUAUUGACAUGAUGUACUAGAUCGUCAGACCACGACUCCUCUCGAGCUUCACCAACAAUGAGCGCGAACAUACCAUUACUACAGACCAUUGAACCAGAUGAUCCGUCGACGGUGCAGGCUUCAUCUAGACUCGGAAACACUACAUCCAACGCCCGACCUCCGGUAGUAUUGACACCUACCAAUAAUAUGGCCUCCACUCCAGCCGAUGCAGAAUCAGGCAUUGCUAGUAUAUUGAGACAGUCUGCACACCCUGCAGCUUUGUUUUGCCUUUAUUUCUUCAGGACAUCCGCCAUCACUGUGUACAUAUUAUGUGGACUGUUGACAAGCAAUUAUGUCCUUUCCACGGUGGUGGUAGUGGUCUUACUUGCAAUGGACUUCUGGAAUUGUAGAAACGUUGCUGGACGUACCCUUGUUGGUCUGCGUUUCUGGAACCAGGUGGACGACGAUGGGGAGAGCUAUUGGGUAUUCGAGAGCAGAGACCCAUCAAGACCAGCCAAUCCGGUGGAUGCUAAGAUGUUCUGGAUAGCCCUUUACGUGUUUCCAGCACUCUGGUUGCUGCUCUUCGUAGUCUCCGUCAUCCGUUUCAGCCUCUCGUUUGUUCCCAUCGUGGUUCUAGCCCUUGUCUUCAAUCUUACCAAUGCCGUUGGAUUCACCUAUGCAGACAGAGAUGCAAAACAAAGAUGGGCCAAUGGUAUUGCAUCAUCUGGAUGGAAUAUGGGAAUGGGGGGCAUAGGCGGGCAGAUUCUGGGCGGAGCUAUGAAGAACAGUUUCGGGAGAUUGUUCGGAUGAAUGGAUCAUUGAAGGAUCAUUCGUCAUACUUGAUUCCAAAGGCCAGUGUGAUAUAGCUGAUGAUGUUACACAAGUGCGAAAGUUGCAAUAAUAAAUGCUGACAGUCCAAAA